ACACUGGUCCUCGGGCCCUUAAGGAAAGCAGCAUCAUGAACUCUACCCAAGUACCAGGACAAUUUAGCCCUAAACCUGACUACCUCUGCCAGCAGACUGAAACUAGUGGAUCUUUCAGCAAGACAAUGACCCCAAAUUCACGUUACAAUCCACAAAUAAAAAGGUUAAUGAUGCAGAAGCAUCAUUGUGCAAUGGCUACAACAGUCUAAAGACUGCUGAACUCCCUGAAAACCUGUGACUCAAUUGAACAGCACAGCCCAUAAGCACGGAUCAACAAAGACAUCAGGAUCUGGAAAGAUUGUGGGUGGAGGAAGAGUCUAAGAUCCCUCCCAAUGUGUUCUCUGGUCUUAUGAGACGUUAUGUAAAAAGACUCAGUGCCAUUAUCCCUGCGAGGGGAGGGUGCACACAGUACCAAAUACAGGGGUGCCAAUAAUUGUGACGCACAAUUUUUGUAAAAUUGUUGUAUCAUCUGAGAAAUGUGUCAUUUUGGUAGUUUCCAUUAUAUCAUUAAAUAUAUUCCAUAUGUUGGACAAUGAAAAUAUACCUCAGCACUGGUAAUCUUUAUAUUCAACGGUCUUAGUAAUUGUUAUCAUGGGUGCAGAAUAUUUUGGAGGGAAUUGUAUUACUGUACAAGUUUAUGGCUCAGUUAAAUUCCAGAUUUGUCCCUGUCUGUUCUAUGAGAUUUGAUGUAUGUGUGUGUCUGUGUGUAUUAUUAUGUCUGUGCGUUAUCAUGUUCUUCUUGUGUGUAUUUACAGGUCUGCCAAUUUGGGUCAGAACCCACUUGUGAAUCUGAUCUGGUGUGUUCAGGUGUCCUGAGACAGGGGGCGCUGUUUCUAAAAUGAGUUCCUCAGAGGAGACCGAGACUGACGAUGGAACCCACGGCCUUGCGAGAAAGAGGGUCCAGGUAGAUAGGGCUGGGUCACCUGUACCCAGCUGUCUGUCUAUGAAGAGUGACCGUUCAAUGGAUCAUCCAAUCUACUUCAGAGGAGAGUUCACAGGUGAUCAAAGGGUCCAGGUAAAUAGGGCUGGGUCACCUGUACCCAGCUGUCUGUCUAUGAAGAGUGAUCAAUCAAAUGAUCUUCUAAUCGACUUCAGAGGAGAGUUGACAGGCGAUCAAAGGGUCCAGGUAGAGAGGGCUGGGUCACCUGUACCCAGCUGUUUGCCUAUGAAGAGUGACCGUUCAGUGCAUCAUCCAAAGUACUUCAGUGGAGGGUUCACAGGUGAUCAAAGGGUCCAGGUAAAUAGGGCUGGGUCACCUGUACCCAGCUGUCUGUCUAUGAAGAGUGAUCAAUCAAAUGAUCUUCUAAUCGACUUCAGAGGAGAGUUGACAGGCGAUCAAAGGGUCCAGGUAGGUUGGGCUGGGUCACCUGUACCCAGCUGUUUGCCUAUGAAGAGUGACCGUUCAGUGCAUCAUCCAAAGUACUUCAGUGGAGAGUUCACAGGUGAUCAAAGGGUCCAGGUAAAUAGGGCUGGGUCACCUGUACCCAGCUGUCUGUCUAUGAAGAGUGAUCAAUCAAAUGAUCUUCUAAUCGACUUCAGAGGAGAGUUGACAGGCGAUCAAAGGGUCCAGGUAGGUUGGGCUGGGUCACCUGUACCCAGCUGUUUGCCUAUGAAGAGUGACCGUUCAGUGCAUCAUCCAAAGUACUUCAGUGGAGAGUUCACAGGUGAUCAAAGGGUCCAGGUAAAUAGGGCUGGGUCACCUGUACCCAGCUGUCUGUCUAUGAAGAGUGAUCAAUCAAAUGAUCUUCUAAUCGACUUCAGAGGAGAGUUGACAGGCGAUCAAAGGGUCCAGGUAGGUUGGGCUGGGUCACCUGUACCCAGCUGUCUGCCUAUGAAGAGUGACCGUUCAGUGCAUCAUCCAAAGUACUUCAGUGGAGAGUUCACAGGUGAUCAAAGGUAA